AUCCCUGAUUUUAAACGUACCCUAAAGACAAACCAAGUUAUGUAGCCAGCCUUAAUUGACAAAUGUGUGGCAUUUUCUAAAUCAAUAUAGUGUAACAAGCAUUAAGAACACAACUACAUUAAGAACACAAAUACCAAUUGCUUCUACACAACAUUUAGGAUGACAACUACGUUUUCAGAAACCUUUUGCUUCUCAUAUCAAUGUCGAUUAAUUUCCUACCAUAUAAUAACGUGAUGCAACAUAAGAAUAACCAAUAUUAGGUUCAGUACGACAAUCACUAUCAAUAAAGCUCGAAUUACAUGGAUUUCAUGAUUAACUCUCCUUCCUUCAACGAGCAUAAUUUCAUGUGCCUUCAUCCAUCUUGAUAGCUCUUCAGCCAAAAGUUUCUUCUCCUUCUUCCUCCUUUCCACCUUACACUCAGCUAGCCUCAAACUUUCUUCAAUAUUCAAAGUCGAACACCCAAUUUCAGAGUCAUGGUGCUUAUCUUCAUCGACAUUCAUUCGCACCCACCUAAAAAAACGACAGUUCUUCUUCUCGUCCUGCACCAUACGACCAUUUAACUUAGAACCCACAUCAAUGACAAUUUCAAAACCCAUAUCUAAACACCUUACCAUCAAAAAUGGACACCCAUAGAACUGUCUUCCUGGGUUCGCUUCGGUUCCAGAUGUAUUCACCACACAUGGCUUCUUGUGCCAACAGAGUACCGCCCCUCGGCUAUUGAUGCUAGUCGAAGUUGAGGAAGAUGCUCGCUUGGACAUGGCUGACCUUCGCGUGAAGUUCUGGCCAGGAGAAAUCGCGAUUUCGGGGUCGCGAAUCGGCCGAAGAAGUGGGAUUUGGGGAAGAAGGAAGAAGCGCCGAUUCGUUCAGAAACUAGAAGAAGAUUUGGGGAAGAGGAGUAAGCAUCGAUCAGCUUCGUGUAUCUCCUUCGUGGGGAAGAGGAAAUUUGGGAAGAACCCUAAUUUCGUUUUCUAGAAAGAGAUGGAGAAGAAGGAAGCCCUAAUUUUGUUUUCUGGAAAUAGACGGGGAUUUUUGGUAGCCUCGUGCGAUCAGGUAGAUGGGGAAAGUUUUAAAUUUUUUUUAAUAAUAAAUAAAUUAUUAAGAUGACGUGUCAAUUUUUGCUUUGUUGUCGCUGAAGUGGUUGAUGAUUUGGCGCCUCGUCAGCGAACCGUCAAAUAAGUUGACAGAGUUAUUAACGCCGUCAUAGUUUCUAACGAAAAUGGCUAUAUCUAGCACGCAACAUUAGGGGUGAACAAACAUACCUGCAAACCGACCCACCCGUCCAAACCGAUCCAACCCGUGUUCCAACUAUUAGUAUGAGUUCGUAUCUAAAAAAUAUUUAUGUCGUAUAUAGUCAUACUUAUGAGAAAAUUAAGAUAUUUCGCCAUGUUUUUCUCUCAUGGUCUCCCUAAUCUAAUGCAUUAUUCGACUUAAAGUUUAGACAUAAAAUGAAUAUAGUUAUGAUUCACGUAAUCGUUUUCUUGUGUACAAUAUGUUAUUCUAACAUGUGAAGAUUCGGUUUGACACCCAUGCAUUAUUCGACUUAAAGUGAAGUACAAAAAAUAUAUAAUCCACUUGAUUUUUUUAUACAAAUUACAUAUAUUUGUACAUUAAAUCCAUUUCGAUAUUAAUUAUUCUAACAAAAAUAUAACAAAAAAAUUAUGAAAUAUAAAAUUAGCACAAUGUCAAUAUUGAUAAUAAGUAACUUACAAUUGAGACAAUUUGUAAUAUUAAUAUAGUAUAUAUGCAUUUAAUUUUGGGCUAAUACCACUGUAACACCCGAACUAUCGCGAAAAUGCCACUUGUGUCCUAUUGUUUACAAUAUUCCAUCUGUGUCCUGAACUAUGAUUUCGUUAGUGUUGGCUUUUGUUGACCGUUAGUUUUUAACAGAAAAUCCAGUCAGUGCUGAUGUGGCAUCUGACGUGGAAUUUUUAAUAUUAAUUUUUAUUUAUUUUUCUAUCUAAUAUUAAUAAAUAAGAAAAAGAAAAUAAUUAAAAAAUAAAAUACAAUAAAAAUUUAACCCACCCCUCGUUCCACCAACCUCUUCCCCAAGAUCCAGAUCUACAAUUCCUCUUCUCCUUCUCCAUCUACAAUUCCCCAAAGUCGAAACCAUCAAACAAAGGCUUCUAAAGAAAGGCUUGGAACCAACGCCUAAAAUCGUUCACACCCUCCGUAAGAAAGAAAUUCAAAAACACAACCGCAAGCUGAACAAAAUUCGCCGCACCCAGCAAUCACCGCCGCUCACUGAAUCCGAAAAACAAGCCCUCGCCGAGGAAUCCCACUUUCUGAAGUUGCUGAAGCAUCCUGUCCAUAUCCCCAUCCUCCUCCCCAAUUUCAUCCCAUAUUACCUUCAAGACAACACAUUUAAUCGGAGUCAGACCAAAAGAGAACUGAGAAUCAAGCUCAAAUCUGAAAUCCCCGACUCAAGAUCUAUCGAAUUGACCCCCCAAAAAAAGGCCUAAACUAUGAACGAAAUCAGAGAGACGGCAAAAUAACUGACUUCGGCGAUAAUUAGAGUGCUAAAACAGACUGUAAUCCAUCUUUCCGAAGAAGAACGGUAAGCGCUCCCCAGACAGCAUAACUUCAGCAGCGAAAUCAGAAGGGAGAGAGAGAGACAUUAUAAGACGAAGGAACCAAGCAAGGCAAGCACAAACGGAAACGCUUGUAUUUGACUAGGAUAACCGCCAUACACAGAGAGAGAGUGAGAGAGAGAACCUGCAAUUGGCGGAGGAGAGAGGCGCAAGUGGUCCGGGAGGGAGAGACGAGAGUGGGCGACGUCGCCAUUGUCGGAAGGAGAGUUGGAAGUGAGAAAAAUUGGGAGUGACAGAAAGGAAGCGGGGUGCGACUGCCGCCGAACGUGAGAAAAAUUGGGAGUGACAGAAAGUGAGAAAAAUUAUGUCGAUGGCGGGGUGCGACUGCCGCCGAACGCGUUCUUGACGAAGCAGAUGACGAGGCAGAAGAGGAAAUUUUUUAGAGCGAGAGAGGCAAAUCGAUAGAGAAUAGUUUUUUUUUAAUUUGAGGUUAUAGAAUAUUAUUUACUAAUAUUCUUGAAUUUAAAGUUUUUUCAAUUUUUUAUUUUCAAAGUUUUAUUUAAUUUAAAUUAAAAAUGUGAGGUGUCAAUGAGUUGGCAUUGCCACGUAAGCAAAAGUCAAUGUUAAGUUGACCGCCGUUUGGUCAACUGUUAUCUUUAACGGUCAACAAAAUUGACAGGAUACAAAUGACACAAAAUAUAAUAGUUCAUGACAUGAAUGGAAUAUUGGAAACAAUACGACACAAGUGGCAUUUUCACGAUAGUUCGGGUGUUGUAGUGGUAUUAGCCCUUUAAUUUUUGAUUAAUUAAAAUUUCCAUCGAGUUAUUGAUUAAACAUAAAUAGAGUAAAAUAAUAUAUUUGAUAAUUUAAUUAUAUUUUUGUAAAAAAAAUAAUUUAAUUAUCUUAAAAGCAUGAUAUUUUAUAUAUAUUAUAGCUCAUACACUUGAUUAUUUCCUAAUUUGAUUAUCUCAAUGAUAAUAAUAACUAGCUACUUAAUACUUAAUACAUCUCAUGAACUAAUUUGUCAUAUGAAUUAGUUUGCUAAAUGAACUAUUUCACAAACAAUGAUAUAUGAUUAAUUUUCAUUUUGGAUUCAGUUGAAAUUUGAGAAAUGGUCAUCAGUCAUUUUAUAUAAAUAAUGUCACUCAAACUUUGAACUUAGUAAUACAAAGAAAAUUGAACUAAUUGAUUUGCUUUUUUUUUAGCUUGAAUGACAAAUAAGAAAAUUUUGGAACUUUCAACUUAUGAGAACUAAGAAGUGAAAGAAGGGAAAUCUUUUUAUGCACUCUGAGAAGAGAAAGAAUGAGAAAAUUUUGGUACUUUUAAAUUUUUGAGAAAAGAAGAAGAAGGUGAUAAAUUCAGGUGAUUUCAAUUUUUGGACGAGCAAAAAGGGAGGACUUUUACUGAAAUUUUAAUGCUUUGAAUUUACUGAAGAAAAAUAAUGAGAAAUUUAGAUAUUUAUAAUAUUUUGGUAAUAGAAUUAGAAAGAAGGGAAAUUUGUGGUGUUUUCAGUUACUUGUGCUUUCAAAUAUAUAUCUUGAAUUUAUUAUGUGAAAUAAAUCUUGAAUUUAUUUUAUAAUGGUGAUUGUAUUAAUAAAAAGAAGAGAAGAAUGUACAUGAGGCAUAUGUUCAACAAUCUGAACCUGCAAAAAGAUGAAGAAAAAUGAAAGUAAAAAAAAAAAAAAAACAACUGCCAAGAACAAAAAUCAACAAAGAGCUGGGAAGAACAAAAAGAGAGCAAGGUGGACUAGACCACCCCGCUCCAAGAAGUAACAUGAAAAAUAAACUGUUAUACACCGAUCCACGCAUGGAGGCAAAGAAUCAAUCACAGACCAUUCAAGAGUCAAUUUUGAAUUUUUAUGUGAUAAAUUUUUAUUUCAAAGUCAAUCAUUCUCAUUUAAACAUUAUUUUUUAUUGGGUAAUAUCUAUUUUUAUCCAAAUCUUUUUUGGAUUCUUUUGUAUUAGCUAAACCUAUCGAAAUACUAAGAAUUAACCAAAUGUUGACUUUCAGUUAGCAAUUUUGUUAGUAAUUUUAACUUGGCAACAAGAUACUGACUUGGAAGAGACACAUAAAGGCCAACAUUCAAAAAAUUUAGAAUUGUAACUUAGAAAAGAGUUACAAAAUUAUUAACGAUAACGAAAAAAUGACUAAUAUUUUG